AGAAUUUCAGAUAAUCUUUUUUAUUCAUUUUUUUCUUUCUCUACAAUUUCCGAUGAAAAGAAUUUCGUUUUUCUUUAUUCCGUUUUGAGUACUUAAAUAUUUAACCUUUUUUUUUUUUCUGUAGAAAAUUAAAGUAACUUCUUUUAAUUUUUUAUUUUCUCUCUCUGUGUUAUCUCAACAAUGGCGGAAAUAUCGCCAUCUCCCAUGUGCACUUCACCAGAUAUUAUUAUUAAUACCCACUGGGUUUAAGUUCCCUUGCUUUUCUCUGCACUUUUCAUUUCCCUAAACGAUGUCGCUUGUCUAUGAUAGGAAUAAUGAAAAUAGUAGUUCAAUGAGACGCUCGGGGUUUAUCCACGGGAUGCAGUGUAUCUCCGUCUAUGAUUCGCCGGAGGAGAAAAGAGAUGAUAGGUUGCGGUUGCUUUCGACGGAGGAAGAGGAGGAAGAGAGAGACGAUGAUGAGUCGGGGUCUUGCAGCUCGUCGUCGAUAGGAAGGAACAGCGAUGAUUCCGGUGAAUCACCAUCGGAUGAUGAUGACUCACCGGAACCUGAAGUACAAAGCCAGCUUAAAGGACCUUUGGAUACAAUGGAUGCUCUACAGGAGAUUUUGCCUUUGAGAAAAGGCAUAUCCAAGUUUUAUAAUGGCAAAUCAAAGUCCUUUACAAGUUUAGCCGAUGCGGCUGCUGUUUCCUCUGUUAAAGAUUUUGCCAAGCCUGAAGAUCCCUACAAUAGGAAACGCAAGAACUUAUUAGCUCGCAGUUCUUCAUUGGACAAGAAACCCAAUAAUCUUUUGGGAAACAUUGGAACUAAAAUAUCAAUGGCAUCAUCGCCGUCUAACUGCCUUCCACCUCUGCAUCCACAGUGUAAAAAAUCAACUACCAUCAUCAAACCAUCAUCAUCAUCAUUUACUGCUCGACCAAACCCUCCUUGCCGGUCUUAUUCCUUGUCUGAUCUACAGUUUGUUGCUGCUACAACUCCUAACAUGGCUGGUUUGGCUGUUCACAGUGGUAAUAAAGGCAACAAACUGCGUUGAAAUUAACUACAGUUUCGCUUUUAGAAUUACAGAACUGGCCAAAAGGCUUGUAGUUUUAGUCAUUGAGAUGAUCACUUGUGUUCUGCUUUGAUCUAAUGCUUGUGGUUUGAAGUGGUAGGUAUACCAUGGACAUGCCAUUUAGAAGUAAUUACUGAUGUACUACUCUUCUCGUCUCUUUGUUUGCUUUGAGACAAUGGUGAGAAUGCUUUAUUGUAAAAUACUAUUAACUAAAAUACUUUCUUUUACCUUGCAGCAAAAA